GACACCGUUACAUCGCUUGAACGCAGCAACAUCCUCGCUCGUGGAUUAUAAAGCCCGUCGUCUAAUUGAAGAAAUCCACCGUACUUCAAAAACUAGAAUUGUCUGCUCUUCGGCUGCCACAGUCAUUGCGACUCUGCCAUUGGACAAGGACACAUCAACCUUUGCCUGAGCAUCCUCACAUUCCAGAGACCUACAAGUCAGCUUCUGCCAACACCUGAAACUUAAACUUAACAGAGAUGGAGGGUCACAUGGCGCGGUUUGCCCUUCUUCUGUGUAUCACUGUUGCACUCUCUGCCUCAAGUCCAAUAUGUGAACCAGAGGAAAAGGAAAACACAUGGUUCAAAAUCAGGAAGUCGCUAAUUGGCUGUUGGACCAACUUUGUUCGAGAUGACAAGGCAGAGGUCCACAUCCUUAACCUGAACUAUUCCCCUACGGAUUCAAAAAUGUUCGAGGUCGACAUGCGCAGCGCCAAGCCAAUGAACCUAAUCAUCACAACACAACACACAUCUGGUCUAUAUGGUGUGCCCUCACUCAAUGCUGAUACUAAAAUUUAUGUAGCCAAUGACUCCAGGUUGACAAUGUAUGGUGUGAAAUUUCCCGAAAAUAUCCACAAGGUAGACUUCCCCAAUCAAGAUGAGGAACUAGUCAAGUGGGCAACACAGACAUUUGGGGGUGUGACUUCAUUCACCACUGUCCGAAAUCUCAGAAAAUUCAACUUUACAGGAACAGAAGGAACCAAACCUGGCUCUCGUGACUGCAUACUUGACAAUGAAGAUUCAUCAGCGAAACACUUUGUGGAGAUUGACUCCGUCCCAACAUCAAAAUCUUGCUUCCCAAAGCAGGAGAACCCCAGUGUUAAGCUUCAUAUCAUAAAUAUCCCAGAGAAUGCCAACAUUUGCAAUGUAUCACUUCGCAUUGGCACAAUUGGGACCACGACCAAGUUGUUCCUAAGAGGUCCUCAGGGCACCAUAUGGAGCUUCUUCAACCCAAAGGAUGCAUCAUUUAUGUCUAACAAUGAGAUUAAGCUGCCCAACAUGGGUUUAAUCCCGCCCAUUGUUACACUGAUCAAUGACAGUGCAGAGGAUGUGCAAAGGACGGUCUUAAGUAUUAUGAAUGUCAGGUCUUUCACCAGCUACACUGAAAUCAAACCAGAGAGUUCUACACUUUUACUGGUUUUUGAAGACAAAGAAACCCCUGCAGAUACAGUACCAAGUCCAGUCAUUUCAGUUACAACCCGUGCCCCUGAUCACAUGCCUCUGAAGAUGCAGCUAUAUGCCUCCCCAGAUUACCGCGUUCCCCUGGCCCCUAAGGCCAAGGUGCUAAGUGACAAGAGAAUUUAUGCAGAGAUUUCAGGGAACACUUUUGGAAAUAUGGUUUUGACCAUCAAAGUGAACAGUUGCUUUCUGCGCCCCAUGGAGCUCUAUCCUGCAAUGGAGCUACCCUUCAUUCCAGAGACCUGCUCCUCGAGUUCAUGUCCCAACAGCACACGUAUCAGCUUUUCAUUAGAUCAUCUCCAAGAGCUGACAUCCACCACGUGGAAUGUGGAAUGUCCUGUCAACCUUUGCUUCAAUGAUGUUUGCGCGAAUGGAGGAAGCGCAAAGGCGUCUCUGGAAGUUACCCAGCCAUGUCUGCAACCACCAUCUCCACCAUGCUUUGAUUUUGGCCUACCUGGGGUUCUGGGCAUCGCAUUUGGAGGGUUUCUGAUUGGAGUUCUACUUAUUGGAGCACUGUGGUUUAUCAAAAUGAAAACAGGGUACCCAACUGGGCUGGACAUGAGCUCAACUGCAGCAAAUCUUCCUGGAUGUCCCUGCUCAGGAGCAAAACGACAACCUGUUUCCACCAACCCUUCCCCCUCUGAGAACAGCAGCGCCAACGCAAGCAUUGGAAGCACCCAGAGCACACCGACCAGCAGCAUGGCAUGAGAUUAUGGUAAUCUCCACCACCAGCAGGGCCACCAUCUCCCUUCAAAGUCACCUAUACGGGUUUUGUGCUUUUGUAUUUUUUAAAUAAUGCUUAAAAGGCAUUUUUGCCCCCCUUACUCCCCCUUUAAAUUCUCAUUAAAAAGCACAGCCCAUGUCUUUGACACACAAGCCUGGAAUGGAUGUGAUCUGGGAGUUUGUAAUGGUGGGAGUAGGGGGGUGACGGAUAACAGAAGUCUAAUCAAUGGCUUCUGACGCUCACCUCUGCUGCCUCUCUGUAAAGUCAAGCUCCUAGACAGGAAGUUAAAGAGGGCAAGAGAAGAAAAAAUUGGCUCCCAGCAACAGGAAAAACAAACCAUAUCCCCCAAGAGCUAACAGGAAAUUCACUGCAUUCCUUUCAAUGAAUUGUGCUUGUGUGAUCACAGCACAAUAAUAGUUAGACAGGAGACAAACCAGUCAAAAGGCUGACUUUGAAAAACAGAUGAAAAGCUGUUUUGCAUUCACAUUUAAGCGACAAAAAUAAGAACGGCUUUUGGCCAGGUCAGUCCUUAAAAAUUAUCCACAACAUCUCUGGGACUGAAAACCUCAACAUGUUAGGAUCUCACACAAGUCAAUGAAAUGCUCGCUCCAAGGGGUAUUUGCCUUAAUUGGUAUUCGAGGUCAAUAGUUAAUAGCUACCUCCUAUUAUUUAGAAGUCUGGAGCUAAGUUUAAACUUAACACUAGAUUUCUCUGGUGAAUCGAUCUUAUUUUCUGCCUUUUUACAUUGUUUAUUCUGUGUCACUUAAGGUGAAACUUGUUGACCUUUCAGGUCAUUUGUAGCUCAUGGAAAAAAAAGUUGUGGUGCAAUUCAGUGCUGUUCAAUUGCUUUAUCAAGGUCUUCAUAUCAAAAGAGUUUCCCCCCAGUAUUUAUCUAGAGUUACAGAGAAAUAUAUUUGAUUUCCUAUUUGCUGUACUCAACAAAUCAUCAUAAAUUGCAUUUAUGGCCCAAAGGUAGCAAUAAAUUAUGAACCAUUAAGAAAAAGUACUCUUAUUUAUGUGAGCUCAGAAAUAAUCACUCUUAUAAUGUACAAUACCGCAUGCAGAGAUAAAUGGCUGUAUUCAGAGCUGAGUAAUGUCCCUGUAAUGAGGAGUUAGCACCAAAACUCAGGCCUCAGACUCACAUAUCGACCUAAGCACCACUCAUACAGCUACGCCCACGGGGUGGAGUUUCCCCAAAAUACACUGUCUGGAGGUGAUAUCCAGUACUUUUCCUCUGCACAACAUCCACUCACACCGGAAUCUGUAAUAAGUCCAUCACCACUGCCAGACAGUUUUUUGUAACCACAAUUCUUCUACAUAAAAUUGAUGUGUUUGUGGCAACAGACACUAACAUACAAAAAAAGCCUUUAUGUGCUGUAUUAAAAUGUUUUUUGCUGGUGUAUUGACCAUCCUAUAGACCCAGAUAAUGCUGUUUGCAGUGUAUUAUUCUGUCCUAUAUUCGAAGAUCAAGGCUUGACAUAAAGAAAGUAUAAACUGUCCACCCUGCUUCCUCAUAUUUAAUGUCUUUCCAUUCAAAAUAUAGCCAGCCACUAAUGUUCAGCUCUGUCUUAUGAUUGAGGAUGAGUGUGCAGAAGGGAAAGAAUUUUUAGACCUCUAAUGGAUAUUACGGACCAGCAACACAUUCAGAGUUUCCGCUUUGACAAACAAGCCAUCCUUGAUCUCUACUACAUGCUGAAGAGUUGUCACCUCACUAUUGGGCUGGGGGUGUAUAGAUACUAACAAUAGACUGAAAUAUUCUAUUCUGAAUGUCAUAUUUAAUUGGUAUUUGUUAUGCAGAAGAAAAUUAAAUCUGUGAGAUUUUGUUCAAGCCAAACAGAUAAAACCUGACAAAAUCAGUUGUGUGGACUAUCAUGGAAAAUUUGUUCAUCUAAAUUUAAAAACCUGCAAGGUCCCCUUACUGAACUUUUAUCACAUUUAUUUCAUUUUUAAACUGCCCAUUUAAGUCACAAGCUCUGAAUACAGCCCAUUUAGACUGCUUAGUAUAAUCAAUAGUAAUCAACAGUUUCAGUAUGAGAGCUACAUUUUUACUACAAUUCAUCAAUCAGUUGUAUUUUAACCUCAUGAACUAUAUUUUUAAAACUAGUUUUAUUCUCAGCUGUCUCAUGACAAACAUUAUGAUAUGGAAAUCAGUGCCUUGUUAAAAUUGUUGACUUCUGCUUCCUACAAUUGAUAGGCUGCAUCAGCCAUUGCAGUGCUAAUGCUAGACAGAGGCUGUAUAGAUGCAUUUUGGCGGCUUUCAUUAGGGCUACACCAGUAGAUGGACGGUUGAUCCGUGAACCCACUAUUUGUUUCACUGUACAAAUGUAAAUGUAUUUGAUGUUUUUAUUACCACUCUUUUCACAUCUAUAAAAAUAUUCUCAUGUCACAUCAAGUCUUUUGGUAUGGGUAAGCAGGCGAUGUUUCAAAAAAGAUUAAAAAAAACAAUUUGUAACCAAAUAGCUGUGUUAAAAGCACCCAAAAUGUGAUGAUAAAGGUUUUCUUUAUA